GCUCAAGCCAUAGCCACGACACAUGCCACGUUCUCUCCAUGCAAACACCCUCUCAAGUCUCAACUCUUUUAAAUCCCCAUCUUCCAAAUUCUUACCUCACAAUCACAAAAAAACAGAGAAAACAGACUAUUUCUCACACUUUGACAAUGCCAGGCCUUACUAUUGGAGACAGUGUCCCAAACCUUGAAGUUGAGACCACUCAUGGAGUUAUCAAGCUUCAUGACUACAUAGAUACCUGGACCAUUCUCUUCUCGCACCCAGGUGAUUUCACACCAGUUUGUACUACCGAGCUUGGAAAGAUGGCUGCUCAUGCUCCAGAAUUUGCUAAGAGAGGGGUCAAACUGUUGGGAUUGUCCUGUGAUGAUGUUUCGUCUCAUGCUGAGUGGGUCAAGGACAUUGAAGCCUACACUCCUGGAUGCAAGGUUACAUAUCCAAUAAUUGCAGAUCCUAAGAGGGAACUCAUUAAGAUACUUAAUAUGGUGGAUCCAGACGAGAAAGACUCUUCAGGGCACAAUGUUCCAUCUCGAGCUCUGCAUAUUGUUGGUGCCGACAAGAGGAUCAAGUUGAGCUUUCUGUACCCAGCAAGCACUGGCCGCAACAUGGAUGAAGUAGUGAGGGUCUUAGAUUCUCUAGAGAGGUCAUCAAAGAACAAGAUUGCGACUCCGGCAAAUUGGAAGCCAGGUGAAGAUGUCGUCAUCUCCCCUAGUGUCUCUGAUGAGGAAGCUAAAAAGUUGUUUCCUCAGGGAUUCAAGACUGUUGGAAUUCCAUCUAAUAAAGGAUAUCUCCGCUUCACCAAUGUUGAUCAUUAGAAUAUGAUCAGUGGACUUCCUUUUCACUGCGGAGAUGAACAAGCUCGCCAACUUUAUCUAUCACAUGUGGUUUUUGCAGACUGAUUUCCAAAUAAGUCCCUUCUGUGUGCGAGUGACUAGUUGUUUGUCACAUGUGUAUUUUGUUGAAAGAAAACUCCUUUGUCUAUAGGACCAUUUCAAGUUUUCAACUCGUCAUUUCUGUUUGUUUCCUGCAA